CUUUAGAUGCAGGAAAUCUAACCAGCCUUGAAGGGUAGCUCGGUUCCAGUUGGCCACCAAUGAUAUCACGUGGGUGUAAGGAGACCCGCUUUUUGCCUCCUUCGACUCCAAGCACUGGAAUCAUCAAAUCGAACGACAUUGGUUCCUAAGCUUUGUUUCUCCUACAUCACCACUCCACGCCUGACUGCCAUUGAGCACUACAGAUAACUCCACCCGCAAGACGCACCCCAUAAACAGCCAAUAUGUCUGACGACGAUCGCGAAACCAAGCCCUUCAAGUUCGUUACUGCCGGUGUCGAUGCUCGAUUCCCCAACGUGAACCAGACCAAGCACUGCUGGCAAAACUACGUCGACUACCACAAGUGCAUCAACGCCAAGGGCGAGGACUUUGCCCCAUGCCGACAGUUCUUCCUGGCCUACCGAUCGCUAUGCCCCAGUGGAUGGUACCAACGAUGGGAUGAGCAACGAGAGUCUGGCAAUUUCCCUGCCAAGCUGGACGUUUAGAUAUGAAAUGCGGACGGCAGCUUGUUUUUUAGAGAAGGGAGUGCAUGCGUUAGACGAGUCAGGGGUAUCAUGGUGUAGUAUAUUACUCAUUGGCCAAACCAAUACUUAAAAAAACAUGCCGCGGGUUGCCACGCUGUAA